AUGGCAAUAUUUUUCGAUAUGAUUGAAAGGUUUAUUGAGGUGUUCAUGGACAACUUCUCAGUAUAUAGAUCUUCAUUUGAUGAAUGUUUGGAGCACUUGAAUUUGGUAUUACAGAGAUGGAAGGAGACAAACCUGGUUUUGAAUUGGAAGAAAUGCCACUUUAUGGUGCAAGAAGGCAUUGCACUUGGACAUCGAGUUUCAGCAAAAGGAAUUGAGGUGGACAAGGCAAAAAUUCAGGUUAUAGAGAAGUUACCACCGACUACAUCAGUUACAGGGGUUCGCAGUUUCUUAGAGCAUGCGGGGUUCUACAGGAGAUUCAUAAAGGACUUCUCAAAGAUCACUAAGCCGCUAUGCAAUUUGCUAAUGAAAGACGUACCCUUUGAGUUUAAUGAGAAAUAUCUCAUAGCAUUCAACUCGUUGAAGGAGAAACUCACGACAACACCGAUAAUUGUAGCACCAGACUGGGAACUGCCAUUUGAAUUAAUGUAUGAUGCCAGUGAUCACACCGUGGGGUCUAAGGUCAUUGUCUACACAGAUCAUGCUGUAUUGAAGUAUCUGCUCCCAAAGAAGGAUGCAAAGUCGAGAUUGAUUCGUUGGGUUCUAUCUCU